CUCACAAAUAGAAACGCAUACUAACUAUACGACUCCUAUAAUGUUCGGUGGAAGCGGAGGAGGUAGCAUGUUAAGGGUGGUUGGUCGGGCUGUUGCUAGGGCUGGUGUUACUAAUUUCCAAGAACCUAUCUCUACUAACACAUUAUCUUCUAACACUACUACUACUACUGUUACUUCACCAAGGGCAACUAGAAAGCUCAAUUCUCUUAAUAAUGAUAAUAAUACUUUGAGUCUUUCUUCUUCUGGUUCUGUUUUGAGUGUUCCUAUAUCUGCUAAUUCUGGUGGACCCAUUUCUACUUGGUGGCCUUCUUUUACUGGUUCUUACCCUGAUGAUUAUGAAUGGGUUUCUGUUGAUGAAAGUGAAGACGAGAGGCUUGUUGGCUUUAGUGAUGAUUUUGUUCUGGGUCCUGUUCCUUCCAUGGAUGAAGUUCACGAUGCUGUCACUGCACUUACGCACGUAUUUGAUGCCCCCUUGUAUUCCCAACUCAUUAGAGAUAAAUUUGCAUGCACUGUGGACAAGGAUUUAGCUGAUCAAAUUUCAAGCCCGGCCGUACUGAGCCAAGUUUCUUCUGUUGGGUCAGAUUUCGAUUGGAAGGAGCCUUCUCCUGCUCUGUGUAAUCAAAGAGCAUUGCACUCUUAUGGAUCUCACACGGUUCAUGAAGCUUUCCAUUUGUUGCUGACAGAACCAUCUGUUCAGAAAAUGGUUGUCUCGUUAUCAUCCGAUAAAGCUGUUUGGGAUGCUGUUUUGAAUAAUGCUGUUGUUCAAGAGCUGCGGGAAACCUACUAUGCAGAUGAAAACACUGAUCCACUAACUUCUGAGAGCUCAGACGAGACUGGUGAGGAAACCAAUCCAGCUUUGAAUUUUGUGAAGUGGAUAUUUGACAACACAAGAGCGAGGGUUGUGGAAGUGAUCGAGACAGUAACAAAGCUGGUGAACGAGCUGUUUAAGCCACCAGCUGAUGAGAAGACAUCAGCAGGAGACAAGGAUCCAUUUGAGGACAAGCUGAGACGCUCGUUCCUGCUUUCCAUUAUGGUCCUGCUGAUCGUGGUUGUGACUCGAGUCCAGAAGGCUUGACCACCAUAAUUUGAUGACGCGACAGGUAGUAUUUCUCCCAGUGGUGACUUUUACUAUGGAAGGUCCCGAAUGGGUUGCCUAACUUGAGUCCUUCAGCUCAAGUUAUGCUCGUGGACAUGGCAGUGCAUGUUAUGUAAUGAAUUUAACUUGUUUGGCAAGAGGGUUGCUCUUGUUGACUUGAAUUCUCUUGGCAGGUUGUAUAUAUAUAAUUUGGUUUGUGAAUGUUAAGCUGUUUUUGUUGAGCAAUCCUAGCUUGUAGAGUGGGGUGGAGUUUCCAAAUUCAUGUUCCAUGGAAUCCAUGUUUAUGUUUUCAUUAUUGAGGUCUAUAUAUGGCUGUAA